GGUGGAUCUCGUAUUCACAAGUUACGACUUGUCUAAAAACACUGGAAACCGGUCUCAGAUAAGCAACCUACAUAUUCUUCUUUCUAUUCAACUACAACUCGAUUUCAUCUUAUUGUUUGUCUCUCGUAAUCCUUUAUUCGUUUAUUUUUCUGUCUGUGGUUUCCUUUCACUGCCUUAAUCUUUGAGCCCUUUGGAAGCUAUAUAUAUAUAUAUAUAUAUAUAUAAUUAUUUGAAUUUGGAGUUGAAAUGAUGAAGGGCGUCUGAUUUUGCUGAAAAAAAUGAGGUAUUUGGACCAAUUGUUGGGAUUGGAAGUUCAAUUUCGAUAUGGGGUUUUGAUAUCCACAGGCUAAGCCAUUUAGGGCUUCUUUGUAUCCAAAGUUUGUUUGGAUCGGUGGAAUGGGUAGAAAUAAAUUUCUCACGGCAAUCUUUUUUUUGUUCCUGAUUUUUUCGGAUUGUUCUGAUGCCUCCUUAGCCUGGAAUUUCCGAAAAUUAGUUGGUCUGGCCCCAAAGGAUAAUAACUCCACUACAACACCGGGUUCGCCGUUGCCUAGUCCUGAUUCUGGUAGUAAGGAAUUGAAUUCUAGUGCAGUUGAUGCUGACAUGUCUGGACAGUCGCCAAACAGUUCACCAAAAAUAAACCCAAAGGGAUCAAACAAUGGUAAUAAUAGUAGUAACGAUGAUAACAAUAGUACGUCUUCUGCAAAUCCACCAACUAAGAAGAAGAUAGAUGAGGGGCAGAUUGAUAAAGGGAAAGAGAAAAUUGAUGAAAAAACCAACUCACAGUUGGAUACCGAUGGAGGAUGUGAGAGUUCACCUAAGAAGUGCAGGAUCGAGAAGACAAUAGUUGCUUGCAUUCAAGGUUUUGAGGGUGGGUCCAAAGAUAUUGUGCUUGUAGUCCACAAUGAAGGAGAAAGCACUUUGGAAGUGAAUAUUACUAUUCCAACGCCUAUGGAAAAUUCUUUAGGCAAACAUAUAAUACUCAAAAGCCAUACUGAAAGGAUCAAUAUCUCACUGGCUAUUGGCCAAAGCACCAACAUAGUACUACAUGCUGGUAAUGCAGAGUGUGUGAUUGACAUGGGCCCUUCUGUAGCUGAAGGGAACUUUUUUCAGCGACUCCCUUCUUAUUAUAAGCAAGUUACCCCCAUCUACGGUGCCUACUUCUUGUUUCUAAUAGCACUUAUUGUUGGGGGGACGUGGGCUUGUUGCAAGUUCGGGAAGAGGAGACGGCAAGCUGGAGUUCCAUAUCAGGAACUUGAAAUGGGGUUGCCAGAAUCCGCUUCAGCUGUACAUGUUGACUCUGUGGAGGGUUGGGAUCAGGGCUGGGAUGAUGAUUGGGAUGAGGAAAGGGCAGUGAAGUCACCAGGGGGACGUCAUGUAGGGAACAUAUCGGCAAAUGGCCUUACUUCUAGGUCUUCUAACAGAGAUGGAUGGGAAAAUGACUGGGAUGAUUAGAAUUGUAAAAUCAAAGAAAGGGUGAAGAGAAUUUUCAGGAUAUACACCACGGACGGGAAAUUUUUUAUGUAAACCCUUCUAUAUUGGUAAGUUUAUUACCUUUCUUUUUGGUAGGUAAUGUAAACAUUUCAUACACUUGCUUUGUUGACAGGAAUCGUUGUGUUAUAACAGUGAGCAAUUUAGAUGAUAUCCAAAGUAGUACCCAAAAAGAGGGUUGUUUUUAUCUAAUUACAGAUAUUGUAAUUAUCAAUCAUCAUUGUAGAUGACAAUGAAGAUUUUUUUUUUAAAAUUUGAUUUUUCCAUGAA